AGAAGAUCCGCUGCUCGGUUCAAUGUAAUCCCGUUUCUCCCCGACUCGCUCACUCAGUCGUCCUACAUGGCGACCGCAAGAAGCCUUCGCUUCGGUGCGAGCUGCAUCUAAAACUCAACUGGGAUUCAUUUUUUUCCCCCACUACGACUGGACGUGGAUGUAAAAUCUCUUCUCAGCUCUGGGAAAUACUUUGGCGAGGACAAGCCCGCAUUACGAGAAAGGGGCUGUGCAGUGAGCAGUGCAGUGCACCAUGGCAGAGCCAGAGCCAGAUCCAACGCCCUCUGGAGCAGGUCAGCGCCUCGGGGCCCCUGAAACACUUGGCAUCAGUACAUUGGACCCCGGGCUCAGGCCUCCAGCCAUGCCCCCUGGACGACACAUCACCAUCAGGGUCCGUAUGUUGGACGACACGGAGGAGCUUUUUGACAUCUCGCAAAAAGCCUCAGGCAAGGUGCUGUUUGACCUGGUGUGCGCCCAUAUGAAUCUCAUUGAAGGUGACUACUUUGGCUUGGAGUUUCAGAACCAACAAAAAAUGAUGGUUUGGUUAGACCAUAUCAAACCUAUUAUCAAGCAGCUCAGACGACCGAAACACACAAUCCUGAGGUUUAGCGUGAAGUUUUUUCCACCAGACCAUGCCCAGCUGCUGGAGGAGUUGACAAGGUACCUGUUUGCCCUCCAGAUCAAACAGGAUCUUUCCGGUGGGCGUCUAACCUGCAACGACAGCAGCGCUGCACUGAUGGUCUCCCACAUUAUCCAGUCUGAGAUUGGGGACUUUGAUGAGAGCCACUGUCGGUCACAUCUCCUCAACAACAACUACAUCCCUGAUCAGAUGCCCCUGAUUGACAAGAUCAUGGAGUUUCACUCAAAACACAUAGGUCAGACACCAGCAGAAUCAGAUUAUCAGCUAUUAGAGGUAGCUCGCCGGCUGGAGAUGUAUGGGAUUCGGCUUCACCCUGCCAAGGAUCGUGAGGGGACAAAGCUAAGUCUGGCUGUGGCACACACAGGUGUCCUGGUCUUCCAGGGACACACAAGGAUAAACGCCUUCAACUGGUCUAAAGUUCGCAAACUGAGCUUUAAGCGAAAACGUUUCCUUAUCAAACUGAGGCCAGAUCUAAAUAGUUCAUAUCAGGACACUCUUGAGUUUCUGAUGGCCAGCAGGGACUGCUGUAAAGUCUUCUGGAAGAUCUGUGUUGAAUAUCAUGCCUUCUUCCGCCUCUUUGAAGAACCUAAACCCAAGCCCAAACCUGUACUCUUCACACGAGGCUCCUCCUUCAGAUUCAGCGGUCGCACACAGAAGCAGGUGAUUGAUUAUGUGAGGGAGUCUGAGUUUAAGAAGAUCCCCUUUGAAAGGAAACACAGUCGGGUCCAACAGAAUAGUCGUCUGUCGCCGUUGCCUUCUCCACGCCACCAUGAAGUGCCAACAGAGAGUGGUUUUCCUGGAGACAGACUCAGCUCUCCUCCACGGCGUCAUUGGAAAGAGUCAGUACUGGUGAGUGCAGAGGACCCAUCGGCAUUGCGGAUGAAGGCGAGUCCUUUCCAUCAGAGAAAUGGUCAUGAAGACAGAAGAGGAUCUGCGUCCAGGCUGGAGGAGACGAGAGGCUCACCACAACAGACCCAUCCAGAGCAUCUGAACACAGGUGUGGUUUCCAGCAGUCCUGUUACUGCAGUACACCCACACGGGAUGGUGAAUGGUCAGAAGUCUCUGGAGCUGGGCAGUCACAGUCCUAAUGGCCGACAGCCUUCACCCCUCACUAGCCCGCUGCUGAACGAUGCCUGCAGCGUUCGUACCGAUGAUGAAGAUGAGGUCCGGAGGAAGAGGUUUCCAACAGAUCGAGCUUACUUCAUUGCCAAGGAGCUGCUGACCACAGAGAGGACGUAUCUGAAGGAUCUGGAGGUGGUGACUGUGUCUUUUCAGAGUGCUGUUGGACAAGAUGAGGCAACUCCAGACUCCCUGAGGAACACCAUCUCCUCCACCUUCGAGCCUCUGCACAAGUUCCACACAGGUUUUCUCAGGGAGGUGGAGCAGAGGCUGGCUCUGUGGGAAGGACGCUCCAAUGCACACAUUAAAGGAGACUACCAGCGCAUCGGAGAUGUCAUGCUGAAGAACCUUCAAGCCUUGAAGCCUCUGACAGCAAACCUGAACAAGCAGUCUGACGUCCUGUUGGAGCUGGAGAAAGCAUGCAAGGCAUCCCGCAAGUUGGAGGGGCUGUGCAGGGAUUUUGAGCUGCAAAAGGUUUGCUACAUCCCCCUUAACGUCUUCAUUCUGCGCCCUCUGCACCGCCUCAUUCACUACAAGCAGAUCCUGGAGCGCCUGUGCAAACACUACCCAGCUACUCAUGUGGACUUCAGGGACUGCAGAGCUGCUCUGGCAGACGUGUCUGAGGUGGUGGAUCAACUCCAAGGAAGCUUAAUCAAGAUGGAAAACUUCCAGAAGCUUCUGGAGCUGAAUAAGGAUUUGCUUGGCAUUGACAAUCUUGUUGUUCCCGGUCGGGAGUUCAUCAGGUUAGGCUGCCUUAGCAAACUCUCUGGAAAAGGCCUACAGCAACGAAUGUUUUUCCUGUUCAGUGACAUUAUUUUGUACACGAGUCGAGGAAUGACGCCGACCAAUCAGUUCAGAGUGAACGGGCAGCUGCCACUUCGUGGCAUGACAAUCAGAGAGAGUGAGGAUGAGUGGGGUGUGCCUCAUGCCUUCACGCUGGUUGGGCAGGGACAGUCUGUGGUUGUGGCUGCAAGUUCUCUAAAAGAGAUGGAGAAGUGGAUGGAGGACAUCAAAAUGGCAAUAGAGAUGGCUAAAACCAGCAAUGGGCCUUCAUCUGACGUGCUAACCAGCAGUCUGCCAGACAACAAAUGCCCAGAGGACUCCUCGGUGGAGGCAGAGUCUGAGGACGACAUGACAGCUUCGCACACUUCGCUGGAGAGGCCGGCCCCUCACCGUGGUAACACCAUGGUGCACGUGUGCUGGCACAGGAACACCAGUGUGUCCAUGGUGGACUUUAGCAUAGCCGUGGAGAAUCAGUUAUCAGGAAACCUGCUGAGGAAGUUCAAGAACAGCAACGGCUGGCAGAAACUCUGGGUGGUCUUCACCAACUUCAGCCUGUUUUUCUACAAAUCUCACCAGGACGAUUACCCACUCGCCAGCCUUCCACUGCUGGGUUACUCGGUCACCAUCCCCUCCGAGAAUGAAAACAUCCACAAGGACUACGUCUUCAAGCUUCAUUUCAAGUCCCACGUCUACUAUUUCAGAUCAGAGAGCGAAUACACUUUUGAGAGGUGGAUGGAGGUCAUCCGCAGUGCUACGGCUCCAUCAAGUCGCCCUCGUGUCCUGAACAGCAAAGAGCCCCAUCCUCACUGAGCUGAUUUCCACACUUCUUCUCCUCGGGGUGGUGUCUGCCCGUGCUGCCCUUUGCCACCCUGACUCCUUGCUUUUAUUUUUUUUUAUUUUGUUUUUUUUAAGCAUAUCUAGGACAUUUGUACACGUGUCCAUGCACAUUUGGUGCUUUUUUUUAAUGCUUUUUUGGUGACAUGUCCGCUGGUUUAGACUGCAUCAGAGACUGCAUUUUUACUCUCAACUCUGAAACCUCUUUUUAAGGAUGUCAUUUUAUACUGUUUUCUAAUGGUCUGAACCACUUCCUAUCUUUCUGGUUUGCCAUUGGUUGUUUUUACAGCAGGAACACAUUAAUAGAGAUUUCCAGCAUUCUUUCUUAGAUGGUUAAACUCACUGCUUUGUCAUAAAAUGUUUGUCUACUUAUUCAUUUAAGUGAAUAUAGCUGCUUUAAAAAUAUUCUGCAACUUCAGUGCCAAAUUGGUUUAUAUCAAUAACCUGGACUUUUUCAGGCUAAUUUGUUACAGUGGGGAACAGGAUGGUCCCCUGUGUACUAUGAAAUUUUAUAUCAUACAAGAUUAAACAAGCCACCCUUUAACGGUAGAAGCUCUGUUCACACUUGGUCCAGCACUAUGUGUUAUUUUAAAGAAAGAAGUAUAAAAUUAUUUUAAUACCAGGGGUAGCUUCCAUCACCACUAAUGCUGUCUAAGGUAAAUCUCUUACUCGCUGGUCUUUGUUCUAUGAACACUUAGAGAGUCUAUAACUCUGAAGUUUUCAUUGAGCUGUGUGGGAAAAUGUGAAAUUUGUUCAUAAUAACUGUAUUAUGAAGGAAAGUGUCAGUGAAAGCUUUAAAGAUUGUGUGUGAAACAAAAUAGAAACUUUCAAUUCUAGGCAUUGUUGCCCUUACUGAACUUGUCUGCCUCCUGUACGCAGACCUUUUUAUCGGUCUGAAUGAACGGAAAUAUGCAUUUGACAGGUUUUAGAGGUGAAGUAUUACAAGAUGGAAAAGCUCAGUUCUUUGAAAUUGCAGCGUGUUGUUUUUUUUUCCAGACAACAGAGAGGUCUUUGGAAAUGAAAGCAAUAAAAAAAAACUUACGUAAACAUG